GCAGCGCACCCCUGCUCGGACCGACCGGGUCUCUGGUGGGGGAGAUCCACAAAAGUUACUUAGACAAGUUCAGCUCUAUGAUUCGGACAGUUGGUUCGUCGUGACCAUCUCGUACCGUCUCCUCGUAGAAACCACUCGUAGAUAUGGCGGAUAAGGAAAAGAAGAAGAAGACCAAGAAGAAGGAGGAGGCUCCAGCGCCUGAACCUGAGCCCGCGGAAGAGAAACCAGCAACUCCUACGGGCACACCGAAGGAAUCUGGUUCCGCUAGGGCAAGCAGCCGCGGCAGUCGCAAAGCUAAACGCAGUGGCUCCAGCGUCUUCUCCAUGUUCUCACAAAAACAGGUGGCCGAGUUCAAGGAGGCAUUCCAGCUGAUGGACGCGGAUAAAGACGGUAUCAUCGGUAAGAACGAUCUUCGCGCAGCCUUCGAUUCCGUUGGCAGACUCGCGACCGACAAGGAACUCGAGGAGAUGCUGAAUGAGGCACCAGCGCCCAUCAACUUCACUCAGUUAUUAAACCUGUUUGCUGUUCGUAUGUCAGGAUCAGGUGCUGAUGACGACGACGUUGUAAUCAAUGCUUUUAAGACAUUCGACGAUAAUGGCAAAAUCGAUGGUGAAAGGUUAAGGCAUGCUUUGAUGACAUGGGGUGACAAAUUUACGCCCAAGGAAAUAGACGACGCUUUCGAUCAGAUGUUCAUCGACGAUAAGGGUUUCAUCGAUACUCCGAGUUUAAUUGCCAUGUUGACCGGCACGGGCGAAGAGGAGGAAGAAUAAGAUCAGAUGAAAUUGUAUCUCACCAAGAAGAAAACGUUCCUCGAUUAUGAAGCCUCGUUUUAACGUCAGACUCGCGUAGCUUGCUUCAAUCAAAA